CUGACAGAUGAGUGAUUGCCCUAGGGAAGGAUCUCCUCAAUUUUGCCUCAGGUAUCAGAAUCCCCAGUCAAAAGAAGCAUUUUGUGAUAUAUACUGUGUACCCUCCCACUGCUAUGCCUAGGAGGCUGGUGUCCUGUGUCACUCACUUUGCUGCGGUACCAGGACUCAGCCUCAGCCCGGCUGCGGCUGGCGAUGUCAUCGUACUGAGCCUUGAUCUCAGCAAUGAUGCAGCCCAUGUCCAGGUCCCGGCUGUUGUCUAUCUUCACCACAACUGAGAUGUCCGAGAUUUGGGAGUAGAAGAUGCGAAGUUCCUGUGGGGUUGGAGGUAGGGGAUGAGGAAGGACAACAACUUUUUCUGGACUUUUCCUAAUUCACAGCCUCUCUUGGCCUAUGGCUAUAACGCUUUUUACUUAUCUGGAGCCAACUUCUAAUGGUUGGAACAGAAAAUCCCCUCAUGAAAUUGCAUAACUUUAUGCACAAAUGAGAAAUCCCUCUUAGAGGAAAACAUAACCACUUCCCAAAUUCUUGCUUCUGGGAUUAUUCAGGCUGCUACCCUCUAGCCAGCAUGCUGCAGGAUACUCUUGAAGGAUCUACACUCUUGAGAGCUAUGCAUAAAGGAAGGCAGUUGGCUGCCAGAGAAGAUCCUGGGCCAGAACAAGCGAAUCUGAGGACAGAUGAUGACCUUGAUGGAUGGAUGGAGGCACUGAGCCAGGAAGUUUCCCCUGACCCAAGGAUCUGAGCUCGUAAACCCUUCCACGUAAACCUCUCCAAGCGCACGUCUCUAUGAUGACCCCUGUAUUGAGGAUGACUCUUCUGCUGCACCUGCCUUCUGACCCAACCACAACCAAUGCUGACUCACCUGGGCUAAAAAUAGCCCUGCACUCAUCCUAUUGGGGCCAUCACCUUUUGCCCUCCCCAUUUCUUCUCUGGAGCAGAGACAUGGGCAGCCGUUCCCACCGCAUCAGCUCUGGCUGCAGUGCCUGGAACUUCAGCUCCUGCUCUGCCAUCCUGCCCAAGCCUGGGGCUCACAGCUGUGUCAGUGCCAUUGCCUACCGUGGGGGCAGUCCUGGGGGGCCGAACUACAGACGCGUUGGUGGCUUCAGCAGCCGAAGCCUGUGUGCAGUGUGGUCCCCCCGGAUUGUGAUGAACUAUGGACGGCCCCUGAGAAGUGGGGGAAGCUUUGGCUAUCGGGCAGGGGGCCUUUAUGGGCCCAGCCCCCCCCGUAUCACCACUGUGACAGUCAACAAGAGCCUGCUCACACCCCUCAACCUGGAGAUUGACCCCAAUGUGCAGUGUGUGAAGCACGAGGAGAAGGAGCAGAUCAAAUGUCUUAACAACAAGUUUGCUGCCUUCAUUGACAAGGUGCGCUUCCUGGAGCAGCAGAACAAGCUGCUGGAGACCAAGUGGCAGUUCUACCAGAACCAGCGCUGUUGCGAGAGCAACCUGGAGCCACUGUUCAAUGGCUACAUCGAGUCACUGAGGAGGGAGGCCGAGUGUGUGGAGGCCGAAAGUGGGAGGCUGGCCUCAGAGCUCAACCACGUGCAGGAGGCGCUGGAAGGCUACAAGAAGAAGUAUGAAGAAGAGGUAGCACUCAGGGCAACGGCUGAGAAUGAGUUUGUGGUGCUGAAGAAGGAUGUGGACUGUGCUUAUCUGCGCAAGGCAGACCUGGAGGCCAGCGUGGAGGCACUGAGGGAGGAGAUUGGCUUCCUGCAGUCCCUCUACGAGGAGGAAAUUUGCCUCCUUCAGUCACAAAUCUCGGACACCUCAGUAGUGGUAAAGAUGGACAACAGCCGGGAGCUCAACAUGGACUCGGUUGUGGCUGAGAUCAAGGCUCAGUAUGAUGAUAUCGCCAGUCGCAGCAGGGCUGAGGCUGAGUCCUGGUACCAAACCAAGUGCGAGGAGAUGAAGGCUACAGUGACCCAGCAGGGCAAGAACCUCCGCAGAACAAAGGAUGAGCUCAGUGAGCUGAACCGUCUGAUUCAGAGGCUGACGGCCGAGGUGGAGAAUGCCAAGCAGCAGUGCUGCAAGCUGGAGUCUGCGGUGGCUGAGGUGGAGCAGCAGGGCGAGGCGGCCCUCAGCGAUGCCCGCUGCAAGCUGGCGGGGCUGGAGGAGGCCCUGCAGAGGGCCAAGCAGGACAUGGCCUGCCUGCUCAAGGACUACCAGGAGGUGAUGAACUCCAAGCUGGGCCUGGAUGUGGAGAUCGCCACUUACCGCAAACUGCUAGAAGGCGAGGAGAGCCGGUUGUGUGAGGGCGUGGGCUCCAUCAACAUCUGUGUGAGCCGUUCCCAGGGUGGCGUGGUGUGCGGGGACCUCAGUUCUGCCGUUUCCCGUGGCCUGGGGGACGUGGCCAUCAGCAGUGAAGCUCUCUGCUCCCCCUCUGUAGUCGGGGGCUACCCCAGUACAAGAUCUGUGCGGUUCGCGUAGAGGGGAGUGGGACUCUGGACAGGUUGGAUCUGACGGGGGUGGGAGGGAGCGGGAGGAGGAAAUCAUUUCUCUCAGAUCCAAAUGUCAGUUUAGUAAUUUCCCCUUGCAGGAAACGCAAAACCAACUCUCCAGUUCCCUUCUCACUGGAGUUUUUUUACUCUUUGAAUGUAAAUCCUGUGUUUGGCAUCAUUGUCACCUCCAUUAAUUGCCCUUUCCCUGCCGUCCAGGAGAAGGAUGUAAAGCCUUUUUGAUAUAAAUGGUUUAGUCCUUUUCUCCCUGAUUAACUUCAGGCCAGCAGACAUAUAUUAAGUCUGACUGUGUGCCUGGCCCUCGGGGCAGGGAGCCAGGUAGAGGGAUGUGUGUUGCUGGGCCAUCACUGCCCAGGCUGGAGCCUUGGAUGAGAGGGGCCGCCUUGGCAGGGAGGGGUCAGCAGGGGCUCCGGGGAGGCCCCCAGUUGGUCUGAGAGAUUGGCUAUCCCCAGAGCAUCCCCUAACUAUUCAUGUCAGGAAUGAAACGCUUACUGAGAUUAACCAGCUGAGCUUUUUAUUACUGGUUAUUUGAAAUUUUAUUGUAUUUGGGUGGUUCUCACCUUGGCUCCUUCUCUCCUUUGGUGUGUGAUUAAAUGUGGCAAAAGGCUGUCUCCCUGAUAACCCAGUUAAUGCCUGCCUCGUUUAUUUAUUUUUUUUCCAACCCACCUAAAGAUCUGAUUGUUUCUGGUGCUUCCAUGGACCACCAUCUGCAUCAGGAUCACCAUGGGUACUUGUUAAAUAUACAGAUUCCAGGGCUCCAUCCAGAACUAUGGAAACAAAAGCCUAGGGAUGAGCCCGGGAAUCUGCAUUUUAACAACCUCUCAGGCGGUUCCUAUAAGAACUAAGGUUUGACAACUCCUGAUUUGUGUGGGCAGAGCACAAAGGUAUAGGGGGCAGGAGAAGCGAGCGGGCAUCCAUUAAGCACCUGCUAUGUGUCUGGGAUGUUGUACAUGUUUUUCAUUCACUUCUCACAGCGCACUGUCAUUAUCCUCAUUUUACAGAUAAGGAAAUUAAGGCUCAAAGAAGCUAAGUAACAUUACUAAGGUCACACAGCUAGUCUGGGAUCCAAAGUCGGAUCUAACCGGCGACCAGUUGUCACUGAGAUGAUUCUGACUCAUGGCGACCCUGUGUGCGUCUGAGUAGAACUACACUCCAUAGGGUUUUCAAUGGCUGAUUUUUUAGCAGCAGAUUACCAGACCUUUCUUCUGAGGUACCGCUGGGUGGACUUGAACCGCUAACCUUUUGGUUAGCAGUUGAACAUGUUAACCAUUUGCACCACCCAGGGACUCCAAGUCAGGUCAGUUGUUGCCAGAGGCCAUCGAGUUGAUUUUCGACCCCUAGCAGUCUCAUGUGGCAGAGUAGAAUUACUCCAUAGGGUUUUCCAGGCUGCAGUCUCUACGGGAGCAGAUCGCCACGUCUUUCUCCUUCAGAGCCACUGGGUGGGUUCAAACCACCAAGUUUUUGGUUAACAGUGAGCAGUUAACCCUUGUGCCUUGGGAGUACAAAAUUCACAUGCUUUUCCACGGCAUUCCCCAAGCUGUUCCCUCAAGCCGAACAUUUGGAUUCACUGGUCUGAUUAGUUGCUUCCGGAGGAGGAAUUCCACUUUAAGAAUCGUCUGCACUUUGGAAAAGAAAGGCGGAAGAAGACACUUCCCUUAGCCUCUGCUCUCCAAGGAUCCUGGCUAAGGGGCCGCCAUCUCCAGGAGAUCCUGAUAUCAGCGAUUGACACAGGCCUCUAUGUGGAAACCCAGGAUUAAAAAUCAGACCUCUGGUGGGAGGGCAUUUACCAUGAUGGCCUGAACCGGGACGGUUACUGGGUAAAUUCUGUCUCUGGUUUAUUCCUGACCUGACAGUCCCCAAGAAGUCUUUGCCUAGGGAAGUCCCACCUGAAGAACCCCGCUCAGAGUCCCCUCUGAGGCAAGAUUUCUUUAAAGACCUGACUGCGUAGGGGACAUUUUUGCAUUGAGAACGUAUAUUUGAUCUCAAGAUGUAGAAGCCUUUGAGCGGUCCUUUCUGGCAAUGCAGUCCUUCCAACGCCUUCAGACUGCGUCCAGGGGCCACAACUGGUCAGGCAAUGCCUUGACCCAAGAGGACCAAAGUCUUUCUUAGUGGUGCUCCCCUGUCCUCUGCCUCCUCCUGAGAGGGCCCGCAGGGGGUUGUGUCCUGGGCACAUCACGGCCUGGAUCCCACCAAGUGUGAGCAGAGGUAAAGUCAGGGUCAAGGGCCACCAGAGCCGCUUUGAAGAGGGAAAGGAGCUCCACGGGCACUUGCUGCUCUGGGGCGAGGGAUGUGAACUGUGGGGUGGGGGGAGAGGCUGUGGCUCCUUUUUGAUGGUGGUGGUGGGGUGGGGGUGUAUAUGUACUCAUUUGUGCCUCUGGUGUGUUUUCUUUGUUUUUAAAGCGUACAGAAACCAGUUGCCUUACAUCCAUUCUGACUCAUGGGAACUCCAUAUGUGUCAGUAGAACCAUGCUCUAUAGGGUUUUCAGUGGUUGAUUUUUUAGAAGUAGAUUGCCAGGCCUUUCUUCCUGGGCACAUCUGGGUGGACUUGAGCAUCGGACCUUUCAGUUAGCAGCCCAGCGAGUUAACCAUUUGCACAACCCAGGACUCCUUUUCAUGCAUAGACUCAUCCUGUGAGUGCUGCCCCCUCCCUCCAUUCCCUGGUUACUCACCUCUCACCAUCACUGUGCGGCAGCACCAAAGGAAUAAUGGUGGGUGCACUGGGGGGUCCCACUGUUUCUGAACAAGGCAGAAAUGGGCAGGGAUUUCCAGGGGCACAAAGGUGCCUUGGGUGGGAGGGCAGGUGGUGGGGACUAAGCCUCUCCCUUAUCUCUGGAUCUUUCUGACCCGCCCCCAACUCAAGGAAAGUGCGCUUGGUGCUGAUGUCCCAGGUGCUCUAGUCAGUGAACGAAAACUUAGUACAGUCGCCGUUCCAUGUUCAUAUUCCCAGAGUGCACCACUGAUGCGGAUAAUCCAGACAAGGGGGAAUUCCAUUUCCGUAGGUAUACACUUCAUAAUUUUCUUGAUAAUGUGGUUAACUUAGUUUUCUCCCUAUGCUUUGCUCAAGUGAGUCAUAACACAAAUUAGUAUUUCCUGGAGCCCUGGUGGCACAGAGGUUAAGAGCUCGGCUGCUAACCAUAAAAGGUCGGCAGUUUGAAUUCACCAGCUGCUACUUGGAAACCCUAUGGGGCAGUUCUACUCUGUCCUUUAGGGUCACUGUGAGUUGGAAUUGACUUGAUAGUGAGUUUGGGUUUUUUUUUUUUUUUUGGUUUCUGGUCCCAAAGACUGAAGCAGGGAAUGGUCAGACACUGGGGCUGGAAGGGGCCUCAUCCUGGAAGUAGGUGUUUGUGAGGAUGGCGGGAAGCAGAGGGGAUUUGGAACUUGGUGGGGGAGUGCUAAUAGCCUCAGAGAGGAAGGAGAAGACUACAGAGCCUAAGAUUAUCUACUUUGUGUGUGUAUGUGUGUUCAAAGAACUAUAAGCCGUAUAGAAACUGCGUGUGUGUGUUUUAGAGGGGUUGUUUGAAUGUUUAAAUAAGAGUCAAAUAGGGACAGCAGCUCUGAUUUUCUCUGAUUAAGCUCUUAGCUUGGCCUGUGAUAUUUGUGAUGUUUUCAAAGGAAAAGGGAGCCUAGGAGAGAGAUGUGGAAUCAGGCUGUUUGGGCCAGUUGCUCUUCUGACUUUUCCUUGACUCUAGAUUUCAGAUCACUUGACGUCUCCUUUAAAUUUUUUCUCUAAUAAAACAUUAAUCCUUGGUGAUCCUUGGAUUAUACCUUUUGCUUUAUGUGAGGAAUAGCUCUUUUGGUGGGAGAGGGCUGAGGGACCUUCUGAAUCCUUGGACGAGAAGAACUUGCUCUAGAUUUUUCCUGUUGAUCACGAGGAUGGCUGGAGGAGAGGGCUGGAUCAGCUGACUGUCUUUGCACACCAAGCAUGGGAACUUAUUAAAAUUCUUAUUAAAAUCUCACAUAUCCUGGCUCUUUGAUUUUUCAAUGCACUGUGUCAUUUUUUCGGGGUAUCAGAUUUGACAUUUUAGUUAUGCCUGGCCUAUGUCCAUGGUAACAUGGAGUUGUUUUCGCCAAGCACAGACUCACUCCAGCACCCUAGAGACACAGGAGGUGGCAGGGCUGAGAUGACCUGGCUCAGCUGCACCCACUUAGCAGAUCCUCAGACAGAUGCCCGAACCAUGGA